UCAGCCAAGCCACAACAUCCUAACACGACUAAGACCAGACAUACCAAAGCACUGGCUAAGACAAAACAUCUUUCCAGCCAUAGUAAACCAAAGCGCCCACGUUAUGUCUCUGUGCCAACCACCACCACAGCACAGGCACACAUAAGCGAUAUUCUCCAUUCCCCUGCUGCUGCCUCUGACGAGGAAGAGUUUGUUGGCUUUCCUUCGUGUUCGCCUAACGAACCUCCCUCCAUUUUACCACCCCAAACAUCUGUUCCAAUAGUCCCUCAGGCACAUACAUCUGCCACAUCCGGUCUGCAGCUGUCUUCUGAUUUCCUCUCCCAACUUCAAGCCAUGCUGGCACUUUUCACCCAAAUGCAGUCACUACCACAAGUUCCUGCCAUACCUCCUCUUAACAUGGUCCAACGUCCGUGCCAUGAAGCUCAUUCUUCCGGUUCACCAGAUCCCUUUGAUGUAGCCAGAGGCAGAUGUACGGACGAAGCCUCGUAUGCGGAGGAGUCAACCUUCACUGACCAUGUUGAAGGAGACUGGAGCGACUAUUCAGAUCAUGAGGAGGAUACAUCGUAUCGCUUGUUUAAUACCUCAGACUAUCAGCCGCUAGCACGCAGGGUAGUUAAUACCCUUGGUCUCCAGACUGCGCCUUCAACUUCGCCCGCCCCAGCUAUCAAAGGGGCCAAGGUCCUCAAAUCCCCUGCACCUACUGAACACUACAUUCCGGUGCUGGACCUAAUUACCAAACUAGCCUCUGAAGAAUGGGCCCAUCCACUCAAAGCUCGACGCUUCAAGAACCUGGCUGACAGACUUUACGCCCUAGCCCCGGACUUUGCCACCAAGUUAGAUGUCCCUGGCAUAGAUGAACCAAUCGCUCGCCUCGUUUCACGGUCGCUUUUGCCCAGGGAAGGGGAAUCCCACCUAAAAGACACUACUGAGUGACAAAUAGACUUUGCCCUCCACAAGAAUCACGAGGCCACUGCCCUAGCCAUGCGUGCCUCCGCUUCAGCCUCCAUCUUCUCUAGAGCAUCUAUGAUGUGGCUGGAUGACCUUCUAGAGGAUGCUAACCCUGAUCCUGUCACCCUCAGAAGAGCACUAUUGAAAUUGCGUAAGACAGCAGCUUUUGUGGCUGAUGCCACUUUGGAUGCCACUCAAUUAGGGGCACGAGCCAUGACGGCUCAAAUAGUCGCUCGUCGCACCCUCUGGCUUCGCCACUGGCAAGCUGAUUCAGCGGCCAGAUUGAAUCUGUCCAGGGCUCCUUACUCCGAUCUCUCCUCGGCGAGGAAGCUCUAAAGGCAGUGCUGGUUGAUCCAAAAGACGCCCACAAACUGGUUCUGGCCACAGUCAAGAACAGCGACCACAGGCCUUUCAGGGGAUCUCCUUCCUUCCGUUCUAACCAGCCCUUUCGAGGAACGCGGCCAGGAGGACGAGGCCGUGACUUCAGACCCUAUGACCCCAACGCAUUCAGGGGCUCCUGGAACCGACGCUUCCAGGGCAGAGGCCUACGGCUGGCUUGUCAACUUCGACAAAAGCCAUCUCCAACCAACCCAACGCCUACUACAUCUAGGGGCAAUGUUGGACACCCUGCAGGCAAUGGUCUUCUUGGCUCCAGAUCGCAUCACUGCCAUCACAAGCAUCGCAAGGUCCCUGAUGCAACAAACAUCCGCAGACGUCAUGCUUCUCGCCAGAGCGCUCGGGAUGUUUAUAUCUACAAUCCACAUUGUGCCAUGGGCUCGAGCCCACACUCGGCCCCUUCAAUGGAUUCUGUUGCCUUUUCAAAAAGACAUUGCCAGCUCCAACCAUCGCAAAGUUCGCUUGAGCCCCGCACUGCGCCUCUCCUUCCGCUGGUGGACCAAGGUUCAACACCUCUCCAAGGGCACGUCGUUCAGAGAACCCCGCAGAACUGUUGUAACCACAGAUGCCAGCCUCAUAGGUUGGGGAGCCCACUGCAACUCCCAGUACGUUCAGGGGGUUUGGUCCAACACAGAGCAAUCCCAAAGCAUCAACUGGCUGGAACUAAAGGCUCUCCACUUAGCUCUAUGUCAUUUUCAGUCUCUGUUCCCUUUGCAUCAUGUGCUCAUUCAAACAGACAACACGUGUGUAAAACCACAUUUGAACAGACAGGGGGGCACCAGGUCUCGUCCCCUGCAGGACUUAGCCUCCCUCAUCUUUGUCUGGGCAGAACAACAUCUACAAUCCCUGAAAGCAGAGCACCUCAGAGGGAUUUGGAAUGUGACAGCAGACUGGCUCAGCAGACAACAGGUCUUUCCGGGAGAAUGGAAACUUCAUCCAGCCAUUUUCCAUCGUCUCCAGUGUCGGUUCGGCGCCCUAUCAGUCGACCUGUUUGCCUCCAGUCGCAAUUACCAGCUUCCCAGGUACUUUGCCCGAUACCUGGACUCAACAGCAGAAGCAGUGGAUGCUCUGACAACACCGUGGCCAGACGGUCUAUUGUACGCCUUUCCUCCCAUACCAUUGUUAGCCAAAACCUUGAGGAAGGCGCGAACCGAAAGGGCACAGCUGGUUCUGAUAGCACCAUUUUGGCCACGCCGACCGUGGUUCUCAGAUCUUCUGGCAAUGUCAAUGAUGGAUCCUUGGACACUUCCAGUGAGGCCAGACCUUCUAUCCCAGGGUCCAGUACUGCACCAGGACCCUACUUGGUUCAAUCUAACAGCGUGGCGUUUGAACGGGGACAUUUGAGGUCAGCUGGACUGUCUGACGCUGUGAUUGAUAUUAUUUUGGCCUCGAGAAGACCAUCUACCACCCGUAUUUAUCAACAUACCUGGGUGGCUUUCUCCAAGUGGUGUUAGUCCCACCACCAUGAUGCAUCUCAGGCCACUGUACAUCAGGUGCUCCAAUUUCUCCAUAGCGGCUUUAUGAUGGGACUUCGACCCAACACUCUACGUCGACAUGCGUCCACUCUGUCGUCCAUUCUCUCAGUGUCCUCUCCUGGAGAUCAUAUUUCCUCACAUCCGUUCAUCAAACGUUUUUUGAGGGGAGUCGCCCUACGCUCUCCGUCUGUUGUCCAUCGGUUUCCCUCAUGGAGUUUGCCGAAGGUUCUGCAGGCUUUGCAACGCCCUCCGUUUGAACCCAUCAGGACUGUGCCUCUGCGUAUACUGUCCUUCAAGGUCUUGUUCCUGAUCGCAAUCACAUCUGCUAGACGAGUUUUGGAGUUGGGCGCAUUGUCUUCCGCUCGCCAUCUCUGCGUCUUCCAUAAGGACUCUGUUGUACUGAAAACUGAUCCUUCCGUCCCAAGGUUGAUUCAGUGUUCCAUUGCAACCAGGACAUUGUUUUGCCUUCCUUUUGCCCGAAUCCUACCCAUCCUCUCGAGAAGGCUUGGCAUUCGUUGGAUGUCCGGAAGGCUCUCAAGACCUACCUGUCUAGGACCCAGAAUAUACGACGAACUGAGUCUCUGUUUGUAUCCUUUCAUCCAAGGUCUAUGGGGUAUAAAGUUUCCAAUCCUACCUUAUCCCGUUGGUUAAGGGCAUGUAUUACUUUAGCAUAUGAGUCUCUGAAACUGUCAGUUCCAGCUAGUAUAACGGCUCAUUCUACCAGGUCAGCUGCCACUUCGGCUGCUUUUGCCACUAAUGCUCCUGUUGCCGAUAUUUGUAGGGCUGCAGUCUGGUCUACCCCACACUCGUUUAUAAGGCAUUAUAAAAUUGAUCGCUAUGCCUCUGCUGACGCUUCUUUUGGCAGACGAGUGUUGCAACAGGUUCUUAAUGACGAUUAACACGUGGGUGGUCCCUCCCUGUUUGGGCUGCUGGGGUACAUCCCGUUGUGAUGGCCGGACUCAUAGGGAAAAUGGACCAUUGGUCUCACCUGAAGGGUGAUUUUCCUAUGAGGACGGACAUCACGACCCUCCCAGUUGGAGGAUGACUAUAUAUUUUCUAAUGUGUUCUAUAUUACUGUUAUGCUAUUAUAUUUAAAUUUAAAAGUGAAGUCAAGACUUCUAGUUCUGUUAUACCGCUAUGUUGGAGUCAUGUUACUAUGCAUGGUACUAUUGUGUUAUUUUCCUGCUGCCAGGCCUGUUGGCCUUGUUCUUGUAUUUUUAGAUAUCUCUCCUUAGACUCGCUGCGAAUGAACUGGAGAGUGGGAGGGGCCUGACGCCCCUUGUCUUGACUUCAAAGACAUUCUUGCCUUCGCACGAUAGGUGGAGCUAAAACCCGUUGUGAUGUCCGUCCUCAUAGGAAA